AGGUAGGACUGUGCACUCGCUGCUUGGUCGACCACGGUAACUCGCCACCAUGCCAUUCCCCUUUGGCAAGUCCCACAAGUCGCCGGCGGAUAUCGUCAAGAACCUGAAGGAUAGCAUGACGGUGUUGGAGAAACACGACAUCUCUGACAAGAAGGCUGAGAAGGUAAACAACCAACACACACACUUAUGCUUACACACAGGUAGACACACAAAGGCCGAUACAGUUGAGUACCUCCUAGUUACACCUCUCUCUAACUUGACUAGUGACCUCAGAGAUUCUAUGGAAGCGAUGGAGUGGGGAAUUUCAAACCCCUCCCUCUAAGAGUUUGAUUUGACUACAGUUUAAGGCAGGGCUCUCCAACCCUGUUCCUGGAGAGCUACCCUUCUGUAGGUUUUCGCUCCAACCCUAGCUGUAACUAACCUGAUUCAGCUUAUCAACCAGCUCAUUAUUAGAAUCAGGUGCGCUAGAUUAGGGUUGGAGUGAGAACCUACAGGACGGUAGCUCUCCGGGAACAGGGUUGGAGUGAGAACCUACAGGACGGUAGCUCUCCGGGAACAGGGUUGGAGAGCCCUGGUGUAAGGGGAAGGGGGGGUACCUGUGUUUCGAGAUUUACACCAUUUACAAAAAUGGUGCCUAUCAUGUUUGAUGUCAAGAGACGUCAGUCACAAAAACCUGUUGAGGGGUUAGUUUCCUUUCAUAACAAGCCAUCUCUAGACUCUGAAGAGAGUGUAUGAUGGGAUCAUUUCAGGACAACAUGGGAUGGUGGGGGUUAGCUACGUCAUAGGAAACAGUAUAGUGACUGAUGGAGAGCUAGCUAAUAUUAUGUAGAGCGCUAAAUUAGUCUGUAUUUGUCUUUGUGUGUGUGUGUCCAGGCCACAGAAGAGGUGUCUAAGAGCCUGGUGGCGAUGAAGGAGAUUCUCUAUGGUACCAAUGAGAAGGAGCCCCAGACUGAGGCGGUGGCCCAGCUGGCUCAGGAGCUCUACAACAGCGGCCUGCUCAGCACCCUCGUAGCUGACCUGCAGCUCAUCGACUUUGAGGUGAGACACUUUACACUGCAGGUUUGUUUGUUUGUCUGUCUGUCUUUGAGACAGAUGCAGAGGUAUGAGAGAUUUAUUUUGAGAUGCUGACUAGAAGGGUAUCUUUGUGACGAGUGAGAGAGACAGAUUUAAGUCGACGUAUAGAAAGACAAAAGACUGACUGUGUCCUGUCUCUUUUACUGGCACAUGGACUUGCUUUCACAUGCUUUUUUUGCUCACUGCAAUAUGUCUGGCCCAUGGUGUGGGUGUGUGGUGGUAGUAGUAGGUGUGUGUAGGCUUCACUGAGUCACCUUAUCAGCCUGAGUCAGUGUGAUUCUCCUCUUCCUCUUUGACCUUCUCCACAUCCUUCAGUGGGUCUGUGUCAUUCUCACCCAUCUGAAGAUACAUCUGUCUUGGCUAUUCCUGCUAUAGGGAGGCUGAAUUUGAUAAUAGGUGCAAAAACAACGCAAUGAUACUCAUUUGAAAUGUGACAAUUCACCAAUGGUGCAAAUAGGUGAAUCUGUUUUAUCACCAUAACAUGUAUAAGAACAUCGGAUUCAGAAUUAGAAGUUUAAAAUAAGAGAACAUUGUUUUGAAACCAUGGCUGUUUGGAAUCUGACCACUUGUGAUUUUCACACCUUUCUAAGAUUAUUUCAUGUCAUUUGUGUUCAACAUCAGGGUAAGAAGGAUGUGGCUCAGAUUUUCAACAACAUCCUGAGGCGUCAGAUCGGGACGCGGACGCCCACGGUGGAGUACCUCUGCACUCAGCAGAACACCCUCUUCAUGCUGCUCAAAGGGUGAGGCCUGGGGCACCCAAACCUACACUACACCCUGUCAUUUACAAUGCUGGGGUGUAGUGUUUUUGUGUUGGGUAAUAAGUGGAUACCUUUUAAGUCAGUUAAGUUUUAUUUGAAGUGAAUUACCACAUUGUCUCAAUACAGAAUAAUUAAAUGCAUCGAAAUAGAAAGAUAAAUACUGCAGAAAUUGACAAACAGCAGAUAUUGAUAGUAAUAACUGGAGACCUUGACAGUGUCCUAUAUCAGGGAUCAUCAACUAGAUUCAGUCGCGGGCAGAUAUUUAAUUUUUUAUUGAGCGGAUGGUCAGGGAGCCGGAACAUAAUUGUGAUUGUGGACUACAGGGAAAAAAAGAGGACUGAACACGCCCCCAUUCUCAUCGACGGGCUGUAGUGGAACAGGUUGAGAGCUUCAAGUUCCUUGAUGUCCACAUCACGAACAAACUAUCAUGGACCAAACACACCAAGACAGUUGUGAAGAGGGCACGACAAAGCCUAUUCCCCCUCAGGAGACUGAAAAGAUUUGACAUGGGUCUUCAGAUCCUCAAAGUUCUACAGCUGCACCAUCGAGAGCAUCCUGACUGGUUGCAUCACCGCCUGGUAUGGCAACUGCUCAGCCUCCGACCGCAAGGCACUACAGAGGGUAGUGCGUACGGCCCACUACAUCAAUGGGGCCAAGCUUCCUGCCAUCCAGGACCUCUAUACCAGGCGGUGUCAGAGGAAUGCCCAAAAAAUGGUCAAAGACUCCAGCCACCCUAGUCAUAGACUGUUCUCUCUGCUACCGCACGGCAAGCGGUACCGGAGCGCCAAGUCUAGGUCCAAAAGGCUUCUCAACAGCUUCUACCCCCAAGCCAUAAGACUCCUGAACAGCUAAUCAUGGCUCCCCAGACUAUUUAGACUUUUUCUUUAAAAAAACUGCAUUGUUGCUUAAGGGCUUGUAAGUAAGCAUUUCACUGUAAUGUCUACACCUGUUGUAUUCGGCGCAUGUGGCAAAUAAAAUUUGAUUUGAUUUAAUUACAAAUAAUUUGUAGACUGCAAAUUGACUGCAAGAAACACAAACAAUGUUUGACUAAAACAUAAUCAUUUCAAACCUUGCUUACAGACUAUAAAACACAAUUUCAAACCUUGCUUACAUUUGUAUACGAUCAGGUGUUUCUCUAUUAUGCGUGGGAAUACUUUGGAACAGAUUUCUUAAAUUAAAAUCAAUUGGAGCUGAUUUGCUGGUGUUUUUACAGUCUUUUAUGUCCCCCCCCAAAAACACUUUGGGGGGGCCAAAUAAAACCACCCGUGGGCCAAAUUCUGCCCGCAGGCCACCAGUAGGGGAACACCAGUGACGCUCUGAGUAAUUAGCCUAUUCCUAUUUGCUAUAGUCUAUUUCAAUACAUUUGUGAGAUAGAACGCAAGAGAGGAAUGUUGGCCAGACAGAACAGAUAAUACUUUUUUACAUACCGGACUCUCCUGAACUAUCUUGUGUUUAGUUGUUUACAUUAUUUUUUGCCUGUAUUCUCUUCUGUCUCCAUUUGAUUGGCUGUAAUCCAGUAUAAUAUAUAAUAAUAUGAAUAUGACUGAAGGCUACGCUUCAUUGUUUUAUGCAUGGAUUUCUCCCGAUCAAAAAAUGAAUGUAAAUGUUGAGUUUCAUCUCAAACAUGUAUUUUUAUAGCCUAAAAACAUAAGGUAGCCAGAGGACUAAUAGUGAGGGAGAACAAACCAUAUCAAUAGCCUAUAGAAACAUCUAAUGACCAGUUUAAGCUUAUUAAGUAAGAAAUGAUCAAUGCAGACCGUGUAAUUCCCUUCAAACAAGGCCAAAUGGCCGAUAACUUAUCAUUAUUCCUCCUACUGGCCGAUCAUAAAAGCUUUACGGCAACUUAAAGUUAGAAACAUUAGCUUAUUUCCCAAAUAUUCUAGCUUACGAAGGUGUUGUCCUAAAGUUAUGGCUUUCAAAAAUAACACGAAUGAACGUCUAUAGACUAGGCAUAGGCUAUUGUCAUAGGCUAUCACAGAUUAAUGAUAGAUAGAACUAACAAUAUUAUUUAUUUUUCUAUUAUUUUAUGAGGCUCUUCAGUAAGGGCCAUUCUACUGCCAAUGUUUGUCUACAGAGAUUACAAUGGCUGUGUGCUCGAUUUUAUACACCUGUCAGCAACGGGUGUGGCUGAAAUAGCUAAAUCCACUAAUUUGAAGGGGUGUCCACAUACUAGUGUAGCUCACCACAGUAAGACAGCCAGUUCCUCAUCAGACAGUCACUGCUCCAUCACAGCGUGCCACACACACACACCUGCUGCAUGUUAAAGCUCCUCCACAAUAAAGGAAUAUUAUAAAAGAUUUGCCAGCACUUAGCCUCUGCCCAGGUGUUCAAUAACAUUAUCUUUCGUCAUGAUUCAUCCAGUUGCAUUCGAUUUCACGCUGUAGCAGGGUUGUCUUUUUUCAACAAAAAACUAUUUUUGGGGGGGUUGACCAAUAGGGGGCGACGGCAUCGUAUGUCAAAAUGUUUUAUGGGUACAUAAUCACGAUAGGACAAAGGUUAACAUCGCCCAACCCUACUUGCGGCGUAAUAACUGGAUACCUCCUUCCUAUUCCAAUGUUCUCCUGGCAGGUACGAGUCUCCAGAGAUCGCUCUGAACUGUGGCAUCAUGCUGAGGGAGUGUAUCAGGCACGAGCCGCUGGCCAAGAUCACCCUGGGGGCCGAGCAGUUCUACGACUUCUUCAGAUACGUGGAGAUGUCCACGUUUGACAUCGCCUCAGAUGCAUUCGCCACUUUUAAAGUGAGUUUUUCAAAAUGACCGCUUUAAAAAAAAAUCUGAACUGUAAUAUCUCACACCCAUAGGACCAUGGGUUUCUUGGGGCCUAGAUAGAGGGCCUGUACUAUUCAGCUCAUUGGUUAAAAUACCUGUAUGUGUUCCUCUUCCAGGACUUGCUAACGAGACACAAGAUUCUGAGUGCUGAGUUCCUGGAGCAGCAUUACGACAGGGUAAGCCCUCCACAUCGUGUUGAAAUAUAACCCGGCGAGAACACAUCUCCAUGAUACUUUUCUUCCAAUGUUACUUUUUCUGAAUAGCAACCUGUCACGGUUAACAGAGCUUUUUAAGACGAUCUGAGGUCACACCAGUACAAGCUGAGUUUAUUUGCGCUAAACCCCAGCCUGACAACUGAGUAUUUCAGAGACAUCUCUAAGAUCCAUGAAAAGUAUAUCAGGGAAUAUGGAAAUUACCUUGAGACGUGGCAGCACAGUACUCAGCAACGGUUUUUCUCCUAAGAUAAAAAACUGGCAUCUGACAUGUGGCUGUUUUGAAUACACGGCAGCUCCCUGUCUAUAGGUGUGGGAAGAUCACUAGUUGGCUUGUCAACGAGUUUGCAAACAAGCAGAUGCACUCUGAAAUAGUGGCUUGACAUUCACUCAGAUGAUUAGCUUUCUCCUCCCCUCCCUCCAGUUCUUCAGUGAAUAUGAGAAGUUACUCCACUCAGAGAACUACGUGACUAAAAGGCAAUCCCUCAAGGUAAGAACGUUAUUCCUGUUGUAGUAAACAUCUGUCAUGUAGUAUUUGUAUAUAUGCCUGUUUUUGAGGGCUAAGUAUAGAUGGUCUCUUUACAUGGUGUUUGGUUACUGAAAAUAUCCCCAAGCAGCAAGCUGACUGAUGUAGUGCCACCCUGUGGAUGGAGUAGGUUUUAGAUAUGUUUCAUCUGCCUUGUAACGUCCUCCCCUAUUUUUGCCAAUGCAUAGCAGUAUCUUCACUUUGCCUUGUGUAAACCCAACUAUAAUGAUUUAUAUCUAUUUAUAUAGUUUUAGCUGAAUCUUAUGUUUCAAACAUGGCAUUCAAUAAAUUAUUACUUUUUCACCUUCCACAGACUGUAAUUGCAAUUAAUACUUAAUGUUUUUUGUCACUCUGAAACAAUCUAGUUGCUGGGAGAGCUUCUUCUCGAUCGACACAAUUUCACCAUCAUGACGAAAUACAUCAGCAAGCCAGAGAACCUCAAGCUAAUGAUGAACCUUCUUCGAGACAAAAGCCGCAACAUCCAGUUUGAGGCCUUCCACGUCUUUAAGGUAAAAGAAAAACGAGAGACAAGCACAAGGCUAUAGCAGGCGGUGCAAUUUUAUAUCAGUUUAGUUGGAUUGUAAGAAUAAUUUCUCCUCUUACUUCCCCUCUAGGUGUUUGUGGCCAACCCCAACAAGACACAGCCCAUCUUGGACAUUCUUCUGAAGAACCAGACCAAACUCAUUGAGUUCCUCUCCAAGUUCCAGAACGACAGGACGGAGGACGAACAGUUCAACGAUGAAAAGACAUACCUGGUCAAACAGAUCAGAGAUCUGAAGAGGCCGGCCCCCCAGGAGGCCUGAGGGAGGGGCUUAAGUGGUCCAGACAACAUCUGGAUAACGGACUCAUCAGCAGCUGCUGCUGUUCUGGUUUUUCCACCAUUUGAGGAAACAAAACAAAAAAUAUUGCGCCCGUAUCAAGUCAUCAGGAAGUCUCCAGCUCAUUCUGCUGUUCAACGCAACGGACAUACAAUUUAUUUUUAUUUAAAGUUUCUCCUUUUAAAAAGAAAAGAGAUUAACAUAAAAUAUGCUGCUUCUUUCUUACACAUUAAGACGUGGAAGGGUAACAUCAACAACACAACAAAGGUCAUUCAAACAAAUAGUAACAAUGAAAUCUACUACAUUUGAGCGCUAUGCAGACUUCUGACGCGCGCACACACAGUGCUAUAAUAUCAGCAUAAACCUUGAGAUGAAAAGGUACUAACAAAGUGAACAUUGGGGUGUUGGUUGCAUGCCUUGUCAGAUCCAUGGCUGUACUUGGGGCUAGACGCUGGCCCUGUCUACUUAGCGUCACAGACGGCAGAAAGCACGUGCAUCGCAGUACCAGCUACAACUCUUAUCUAUGCUUUCAUCGUAUACAGCAGCAACAGUGAUGCAUUUUAAAAUGGGCUCUCCAACGGCCUCACACCGAACCAUGCAGCCUGUGGUGUAUUGUGAAACGGCACAGAGCGGAUGGUAUGGGUAAAAUGCUAGAUAUUAUUUCGGUACAGGCCUGACUUGGGUUUCUUUUUUGUUCUGGGACAGGGUGAAUGUGUACAUAUGCCUUGUAUUUUUUAUUAUUUUUGCUUUGUAGAUUUUGUUGAAACAUUGACACAUGAAUAUAUAUAUAUAUUACCUUAAAUCAAGUUUUUCGUUCAUUCUAAUCAAAUUACUUUUUUUAAGAGGAAAGAUAUCUGUCAUUUUCUGCGUUUCAUUUGACUGCCGAAUUGAAAUGGUGGCUGGUUUUUCUUUGUACAUAACUUCCAGCCAGGGCCAGCUCUCACGUUGUUAACCUAGAAGACAUUAAUAAUAAUUAGUACAGCUGGGGAAUGUCAUGGUAUUAGCCAGAUCUCUUAAUCUUCUUUUUUUUGCUGUCUGUAUUUGAGUAACUCAGAUGACUAAAAUGUGCUGGGGUGCCAGGACAGUGGGGUGGAGGGGAGGGGAGGGAAUGGGAUGGGAUGGGGCAAGGCGCUAACCGAAACAUGAAGCCUGUGUAUUUGUGCACUUUGUGCUGAGCAGCCAGCCAAUGGCCGUGUUCCCCUGCUCAGACGUUGCAUGCAUCAACCAAUGGUUGCGUGCUACGUCAUCCACUGACAGAUUGCUAUAACAUAUGUGGUUAGCUGAUACGUAAAAUAUCUAUCCAAGCGUUGUAAGCUCUGGCA